AGCGUUUCGAUUCAACGUGUCAGUAUCAUCUGCUAGUUUCUGGUCCACGAUCAACCUCUGCAAAUGCCCGUAGAUCGAUCAAAUCGAACGCCGAAAGUGGGAGCAGGCAAUCCAUCACAGAAAGUUUAAAAAAAUUUACCGAUGGCGAGCAGAGCUCAGAUACCCACCAGCAACUCAGCUCUUAUUGCAAUGAUUGCCGACGAGGACACGGUGGUUGGAUUUCUGCUUGCUGGAGUGGGUAAUGUUGACUUGCGGAGAAAGACAAAUUAUCUUAUUGUGGACUCAAAAACCACUGUUAAACAAAUUGAAGAUGCAUUUAAAGAGUUCACAGCAAGGGAGGAUAUUGCUGUUGUGCUGAUUAGCCAAUAUGUCGCAAAUAUGAUAAGGUUUUUGGUGGAUAGCUACAACAAGCCUGUUCCUGCAAUUUUGGAGAUUCCAUCCAAGGAUCAUCCUUACGACCCUGCACAUGAUUCUGUUCUUUCACGAGUUAAAUACCUCUUCUCUGCAGAAUCGGUGGCAUCUGGGAGGCGUUAAAUGCAGAUACACACUUGAGACGUCACUAUCUUAUCAUUUAUUUUAUUUCCUCCAUUAAUUGUACAUCAUGACUUCCAUUAUUCUUUUCAGAGAGUUGCUAAUGGUUCUCUUCCUAGUUUCUAUAAGUUACAAUGUGCAACUUUUAUUUGGAGAUAUGCUUUGAUGGCUUUUUGAAUUGAAUAAACGAUGUUUGAAGAAACUUUUGGAGUUGGGAGGCGUCCAUCAUGCAACAGUUGUUGGGAGCCUACUUGUUAACGUAAUGAUAUAGUUUGGUUGAAAUG